AUGAGACUGUGCGGAUCUGCUUAUGAUGCAAACUCUGAAGAUUGCAUUUCCGAGCUUUCCACCCAGGGGGAAGGCAAUCCCCCACAGUUAGUUCGUAAGAACUCUAAGUCGGUGGAUGCGAGCAGCAGCCGUGCUAGGGUUCGAGUCGAAGCUACCGAGCGACUGGCGACAGAAACUCGCGAGACGGAAGCUCGGGUUAGGCCGAACGUUGGUGGUAUUGACCACGAGAUCGAGGAGGUCGAGGAAGCUGAAGGAGAGAAUCAGGAAGAGGGCGCUACUGAGGCGGAAGCUGCCGAGGAUAACCUCGAUGCUGUGAUUCAUGCUUCGCCACCACUUCCAACGUGCAAAGUCGUUCGUCCCAGCAACGUGCCAUCUUCCUCUGUCUCUCCGGAUGCUGUUCGUGCCGUGCUCGAAGAAAGCGGACUCUUGGACCGAGUCAUCUUCAUAAUUCCAGAAGCUGGAGAUCGACCGUGGGACGUCCCCGAGGGUUUCCUCUGCGUUUACCUGACAUACUUUACGCAGUGCGGACUCUCCUUCCCAAUUCCUUCUCGCCUGCUCGGCUACUGCAAUCGUCGUGGCGUAGCUCUCACGCAGGUGAUGCCGGCUUCGAUAACGAACUACGUAGGGUUCGUAUCUCUAUGGGACGAGCUCGGUGAGAUUCCAACCAGUCGGCUUUUCGAGGACCUCUUCUCGGUGAACAUCCACAAAUCCAAGGAGUGGUUCUUCGCUGCGAAUGCUAAGCCGAAGAAAAACAUAGUCACUGGGCCUAAACCCAGUAAAUUCAACGACUGUGAAUCUCUAUACUUCUUCCUUGAGAUGAACGAUAUCACAGUCAGUAACUCUGACAUCCCGACUCAAUCGGAGUGGAAGAUUCCGAUCGGUCGUCAUCUUCCGAGCAUUAUUCUCAACUCCGGGCUCACAUCUGAAUUCGAAGAAGCCUUCAGCGAAGCCGGUAAACGUCGUUGGCCCGAAGUUUGGGAAGAAAUUCUCCAAUGCCGAUCUAAGAAAGCAGCUUCUGUCCGAGAACCGAAACCGCAGAAGCCAAAAGCUCGAGCUAACAAGCCCCGAGCUGCUCCAAGACGAAAAGCACCUAAGUCGCAAGCCAAACGCACACGAACUGCCAGGAUGCUGUCACUCGACGAGAUUCCAACUUUAUUCGAUGAAGAAGAGCCGAACGUUGCAGAUCCGACUUCUAUCCCUGCCACUGAAGUGACGAACGAGCAGCCCGAAGAACUGCCUCCUGCUGCGAACUCACCUGACCAGACUGGUCAGAAGAAGCUGAAGAAGAAGAAAUCCUCAAAGAAGAUAAAGAGAAUCGAAGGGUCUUCUCACAUCGACGCUUGCGCCGAUCUUUACCACAAGAUCUCCUCCGACGUCCCGAGUCUACCAGCGAUCUCUGACCUCUGGUUCCCUAACUUGUACAAGGGGAUUGCUCGUACCACCGCCGUGCUCGCCAGCCAGACCAACACUCUGGUCGCCGCGUACGAGGUUGCCCUGUACGACGAGCAAGUGAGAGUCGCGGAGCUUGAGGAGAGGAUCGCCAAAGCAGAAGAGCGCCUUGCUACCGAGCUCCAAAUCAAUGACACUCUCCAUUCCUCGGUCGAUUUACUGAAGCAGGAGAGCGCUGAGCUUAAAGCGUUCAAGAAAGACCGGGAGCGACUGAGGGGCUUGGUGGCAAACUGGAAGGCUCGAGCUAAGAGCGUGCAUGCAAAGGCCUGCGAGCGUUUAGAGAAGGUCAUCCGGAGCUUGGACGACGCUGACAGGGCUCGGAAGCCGUACUUGGUGGUCAACCAGCUCACAGGAGUUCUUGGCUUCAUCAAGCAGUUGAAGAAGAAGGGCUUGUACGAGGUCCCGCCCGAGAUGGUAGCUGACAUCGAGGCAAAGCAUGCCAAGGCGUUGGAAGACUUCCGUUCGGUCGAUGCUUGCGUUCUCACUGAAGAGGAUAAGAAGAUGUCUCCUUUCGCGGAGGAGGAUGAUGCGCCGGCUGUGAAUGUAACCCAAAGCGCGCAAGAUCCUGCGAGGCGCGAACAGUUUGGUUCGAACGAGGAUACACUUAACGCUGAUCAAGCCGCAACCUCAAAGACCGCUUAA